AUGCUCGGCUCUGCGAGCUCUCUGAGAUCUACGACAAUAUGGGCGGGAGCCCUAAUAAUAUCGCUGCUCCUGCUGGGCCUGACAACCCCGGUUGCCGGGUUGCGGAGCACCGCCGGGUCGCCCUGCGUGGAUGUCUGCAAUCGUCAGUCAAAUAGCACCACAGGGUCCGAAAUUGCUUGUCUCGACGAUGAGUUCAAGAAUACGGCCAAGGGGUCCAAUUUUCAGCAAUGCGUGGAGUGUCAGUUGCGCAGUAAUUACAGCGACUCGGCCUCGGGCCAGACGGAUGUCGAAUGGGGACUGUAUAACCUUCGAUACACAUUCACUAGUUGCGUCUACGGGUUUCCCGAAAGCGUGAACAAUAUCUCUUCGCAAUGUACCGUUUCCUGCCAACCGUUGGAUUCGUCGCUGGAGUAUGAUCUCAAGGACCCCAGCGGCGCGAAUUUCGAUACCUGGUGUGGCGUUUCCUCUUUUGCCGAUAAUCUGAUCAGUCAGUGCGAAUUCUGCUACAACCUUACCACGACGCAGGUUUAUAUGGCGAAUUUCCUCGAAGCACUGCGUUAUAACUGCCACUUCCAUGUCCCCACAGGAAGUGAAUUCCCCAUCAAUCCAACCCGCAUUUUCAGCCAAUCCAUGCUGCCCGAAUCUACCGUUGACCUUCUCAACCCGGACGACGGUGGAUCCGGCAUCAAUAACCUAGCCCUGGUAAUUGCCCUGCCCAUUCUGGGAUUCGUAAUCCUGCUCUGCACCCUCGCGGUCGGCUGCUUCUUUUUCAUCCGCUGGCGGCGCAGAAAAGCCCGCAAGGAGCGCGCUUCGGGCCAUCUGCACGCCCGCUGGAAUGAUACCACCAUCAGUACCCCUGCGCACGGAUGGGCGCAGUACCAGCAGUAUCAGGACAUGUAUAGUCCCGCGAUCCAGCAGCAGGGCUACGGGGCGGUGCAAGGGGCAGGAGCAGGAGGGGGGUUUGGGUUCGUGGACAGCGACGGCCGACCGCAGCAUAAUGUGGGAUUUUCAAAAUCACAUUAUGCCUCGGUCAGUGAGUCUUCUGUGCAGGCGCCCAGCACGACUUAUUCUCCUGAAAGGGAGAAGGGGUCGGAGCAGCAGACUUACUGGGGCGGACAGGUUCAGCCCUACUUUCCGCCGCCGGGGGAGGUGCAGGGGCAGCAGGAUCAGAAGAAGUGA